GAAAAUUCAGACACUAGACAUGAUAAAUAUGAUAUGCAUGAUGAUGAUAUUUCAAAUGGUCGACCUGCUUAAUAAAUAAUUUUGCUUCAUUUUUUUGUGAUUCGUGGUUAUAAACAAGUAUGCCUCUUGAACCAUGGCAGUUCGUUAUACCCGAGAAGCCAGGGAUAUUUUGGAGAAUUGGAUCACGAUUUAUGAUUACCGGCACGGGUAUCUUUUGUCGUAUUUUUCUCAAUUGGGUAAAUGAUUUCCAGGGUCAUAACCUCAACAUUCUGUAUGACGCAGUGGAGAAAAGAUCCCCUGAGCGUCCCCUUAUCACUGUAGGCAACCACAUCUCCUGCUUUGACCCAUUAUUAUGGGGAACACUAAAAUUGAGAAGAUUUGGACAUCCACACAGAACAAGAUGGUGUCCAGUAGCCAGUGAUAUCACCUGCAGUAAGAGAUGGCAUGUGUACUUCUUCAGUCUCGGACAAGGGGUACCUGUAGUCAGAGGGGACGGUGUAUACCAGCAUUCCAUGGAUGUGUGCAUUGACAAACUACAUAAAGGCCAGUGGGUGCACUUCUUUCCUGAAGGAAAAGUCAACAUGAACAAUGAAGUCAUGAGAUUAAAAUGGGGAGUGGGAAGAGCCAUCGCUGAGAGCAAAGUGCUGCCCUUGGUCAUUCCAUUCUGGCAUCUAGGGAUGGAUGAGGUGCUGGCCAACCACCCGCCGUACAUCCCCAAAUUGGGCAAGAAGAUCACCAUGCUGAUUGGCAAGCCGCUGGACUUCAGGGAAUCACUGUCGCGCCUACGGGAGGAGGGGAGAUCACCGCUUGAAAUCAGAAAGAAGUUGACAGACAUCAUUCAAGAAGAGUUUGUUUCUCUGAAAGCCAAGGCAGAGGCUCUACACAAGGCAAGAUUUUCCUCCAGCAGUUAACAGAAAGGGAUUAGUUAUCCUAACUGGGAAUUGUGCCCAAGUUGGAAUCAUAACUCAGGCUGCGUCCCAAUCACUUGGCCUAAGGCUGGGAAUAACAUGCGCACCUAUGGAAGCCACUGGCUAGCGGCUACAGCCGCUUCCUAUAGACUGGUGUGUUAAUUCAAGCUGUAGCCUAGUGGUUCGAACCCAGCCUAACUUGGCUCAGGCUGCGGCUGUUUUUAACACAUGCGUCUACAGGAGGUUGAUUCAGCUGCUUUCAUAGGCGUCUGUGUUAUUGGCAGUGGUAGCCAAUUAAAUUUUGAACAGAAUCAUACAGGGUGGAUAAAAAAAGAAACCGAGAUAUUAUAGCUAAUUGGAACACAAGUAGGGCACAUGUGAAUCAAAGGGA